GGAACAAAUGCAAGGGGGCACACGCAACCACGUGGUUCACGAAGUUUUGCCUCCGCCGCAGCGUUUGGUCGACAUUGAGCCGGCUUCUACGAUGAGGGGUGAGGACACCAGAGGGUUCGAAUUCGAUCGACGCCGCGGUCCUGAGGACCAGUUCUACAACACGAGUAAUCGAGUAGAUCAUCAACGUUAUCGUGAGCGUGGUGAUCGUCAGCCGCGUGAUGCUCCACCUCCUCGUCAAGGUGGCACCAGUGCAAUGAUUGAGGCCCCUCACAACUUAAUCUAUCUUUUAGCCCAUCUGUGAGUUGUUUCCAAGAAGAAAAACGGAAGCAGAUGAGGGAAAAGAUGGAUUGUAGUGAAUUCUAAAAUGAGAGGAGGAGGAGGAGGCCCUGGCGCGAAUCAAAUGAUGUCGUCACCGCGUGAUUCUCGCGAUAUCGGUGUCCCGGCUACUUCGGGUUCCAGAAACGGCAAACACGCGGCCGUGGGCAGUCCGCAACAGCAAGACCUAGUACAACAUCAGGAGCCGCGAGGAGCUUCUACAACGUCAGGUGGAGGAUCCCAGUAUCGACAUAAUCCACCUCCUCCUGGGUACAACAAUAAAGAUUUGGACCGCGAAUAUUACUCACGUCGGCCGCAGUACAACGAACUUACGACAAGAACGUCUCCUGUGCUAAUUGAGUAUCUAAAUGAUAUAAAUGACACUACUGGAGGUACUUCUGAAGAGGAACAACGUGUAUAUUUCUUUGUCUACUUUUAGGAUGUAGGAGCAUGAACAAGGUGAACUUGCAUUUUAUCAUCAACAUAGUGAAAAUCCUGAUGGAAUGGAGGCUAGAUCGUAGUUAACAUAAUCACUGACCUCCUGGUCCACAAGAAGGAGACCUAUAGGUUUUAGGAAUUGCAUUUACAUAUUUUUUGAAGAUAUAAUUAAUUAAGGGAUCAACUACAAUCAUGUUUCCUCUUUUAAAGAUUUAAGGGAUCAACUACUCAUAUUCAUAGUUUCUGCUAAUUCGGCUGGGCACGGACGGAAUCAUGUACCACGUGGAAAUGGAAUCCGCGAAGUUCCACACAUGUUGCGGGAAAACGAAAGAGGACGUGGAAAUGGAAUCCGCGAAGUUCCACACAUGUUGCGGGAAAACGAAAGAGGACGUGGAAAUGGAAUCCGCGAAGUUCCACACGAAAAAUUUCAAAAAAACGAUGGCCAUGUUGGUGCCUACAAUGUUGAUUUUGAUCUACUUCCUCCUGAUCGGUCUCUGGACGGCGGAGGUCAUUUUCGGGACCACCCUCGAGGCGACUAUCCUCCAAGAGGCCAGGAUCGCACACGAGUGUCGAACAACAACAGAGGAGGAGGAGCGCGUGGUCCAGAGGGCGGCAAGCUGUCCCGAUUGGACGCUGUUCCACCGCAUGAUCGUGGUUAUGACGAUCGGGAUGGUUGGAAUCAGCAACAUAUUAAUGGAGGACCACGAGGAGGCGACAACAACAUGAUGAGCCGCGGUAACGGAGGAGGUCGUAAGGCGUAUGACAGCAGUACAGGAGCACCACAAUCAUCGCUUUCCUCGUUCUCUGGAAACAGCAGUAAAGGAGGAUCAGGAAUUAUGGGUAAUGGAUCCAGCAAAGGUGGAGGUCGUGGUGGUCUUUCAUCUUCUGAAGGUGGCGGGAUUUACCACAACAAUGCAAGCUCCGCUCCUCGUGGCGGCUCAAGCGCGUGGGCAGGUGGCCAAGCACGUGGCGGUCCGCCACCACACCGUCAAGGAGUAAGUUCGGAAAUGUACCACUCGGACUACGGAUCGUCCGCUGAAAACGAACCGGAACCCACGUCGCACUACAAUCGGACCGCGCACCAGCACCAGCACCAAGCCAAGAAUGGGAACAACAGUAGCUGCAAGGGGGUUAAGUACUACUCUAACGGGGUUAACACUCGAGGAGAGGUGAAGAACAACAUGCGUGGUCCUUCGGGACCGGGAGGGUCAGGCAGGGUAGAUGACCACGGUGACGGUGGUCGGGAGGAAUAUUAUACCCCACCGCACCAGCAUGACAACUACUACCACGACCGCAACUACGAACACAGUCUACUAUCCUCGUCCAAUAAAGGUAGUGCUAACGACUGCGAGUGGUUCUCCCCUUCGGGCGACGGUGCCCUCGACGGACCUUAUGUUGGAGACUAUCAAAACUUCGGAGCAGCGUCGCGAACAAACAAGGGCGCAGGAGGUGGAUUAGAAAAUCACAAUAAGGGUGCAGGAGACUAUCAAAAUAAGGGCGCAGGAGGUGGAUUAGAAAAUCAUAAUCGUGGUAGUUCGGGACCUCCACAGCGCAAUCACAGCACGCCACCGUGGGCAAAGGGCAAGAGCAGUCGAGGCAAGGGCAGCACGACGUUGCGGCCGUCGUCCGCGGCGUCGAAAGGAGGCAGCCUUCCCGCUGCAACGGCUACCACCGUUCAGGGCUUUGCCGCGCAAAUUGCGGACCAGUUGAUGCAGCGAUCUCCAGGAGACUCGGAGAGUGAGAACCUUGAGUACCAAACCAUCAUCGAUAUGCUCCAAUCGAAGGAAGCCAGUGGAGGUGCUCUCGCUGCGGCACUAGCCAAGAAAUUACGCGCCCCGGGUCCGUCGCAAACUCAAAAUCUGAUCAAUGGCAAUGGGCGGAAGGUUUUGCCGGAAAAUGAGCAAGAGCGUCUUCGCUACCAGCGCCUGAAUGACCUGAUGCAGACUGCGGCGCACAAUCAGCUAGACAAAGUUGCUGCUGAAGUCAGAGCGGCCAAGGCGGGGAACAUGACGACCCCAUCGGGGCAGCGGGCGGCACCAGCGGCGCGUGGCGGCGACAACUAUAACAGAGCAGGUGGCCCAGGUGGAGGUGCCUCUGAUGACAGUAGUUGGGACGCAACCACGAGUGGAGAGCGCAUGCCCCCGCGAGGAGGUGACUGUGAGCGUGCAGAUUUGCGAGGCACGCCUUGUGUGCAGGCGUUGGGUGGUGCGGGCAAGGGCGUCGAGAGCGGAGCCAACGGCCAGGACUACGACAAAGCGUCGAGCAAUACAAGUGGAGGCGAGUAUCGAGGACCCAGCAGUCGCAAUGAUGGUACGCCACCGGACGAGUACUACGCCUCGAGGGGACUUGUUGGUACCUCCAACAAGAACGCGGUCGUGGACCGCCUUCCGAAAGGCGGCAAACCUGCUGGAGGUCGCGGCUUGCUGGAUCGCGCUGGUGUCGCUGGAAAAGGAAAUGCGAUGAUGCGAGGAAAGGAACAACGCGGAGGAAACCUUGUUCCGCAUCAUGAUGAUGGUCCGCUACCUAGUAGGACUUUGAAUAACAUCAAUAAUAAUUCGACGUCUUCUCGCGGGUCAGAACAAGACUGGGAUCAUCGGGUGGAACACUCAUCUACUACUUUAGGUGGCUACAACAAUCCGCGUUCUUCAGGUGGUCCUACGGGAGGAGCCAAGAAAGGCUGCUCUUCUAUGUCGAAAACGGGCAAGGGAGAAAGCUCCAGAGGAGACAACUCGUAUCCAAUGCAACAGCGUCAUGUGCACUUGCAUGCUACGGGAAGCGGCAAGCAAGGAUCCAGAUCAUCCGGAAAGAAUGGUCCGGGUAAUACUUCUUUUUCUGUAGGAGGUGUUACCAAAGAGCUCCAGCAACUGCAACAGCAACAUCUUCAUCAAGCUACUACUAGUUGUACUAGAGGACAAUACAACAAGAACGGCCAGAGACCGCCACCUCCGCGUGGCAGAGAACUAGGCAACGGAGAUUCAUCUUCAGUCGGUGCCGGUGGCGUAAAUCAUCUGCACUUUUUCGGUCGCGCCAACACCGCUCCUGGUCUACAUUUUUAUGGUGCAGCUGCGGCGAAUGGCGGCAGUCGUACUUACGAACAGGAUCAAGCGAGCACUAGUACUACGAAUGAAGGUGGUCGUCGUCGGGCAACCGGGGGCGUUCCUGGAGGCAGGGCGGAACCUUAUGCCUUGGCCGUACCACAACACCAGCAACUCUUUGCACAGCGCCUGGCGAAGAUGGCCGAGGACGAGCGCGCGCUGCUCGAAUCUGCGCAGAAGUCUGAGAAUACGUCUGAAAAUCCGAAGCCCUCGUGUCUCGCUGUCAAAAUGUUCUUCAUACAAAGCGUCUUUGAUGCCGACAACAACGUUGUACUAAACCCAACUAAAGGUGGUUACGAACCUGUGUUGGACACACGAAGCCGCGCUUUGGUGGAUCUCUUCUUGCUGAGCAUCGUGGACGAAGGCAAAAAGCGGUCCCGCCGUUUCAUGAAGAACCUGGACGAAGGCAGGAGCCUCCAGCGCUUAGAGUCCGUGUUGAAGGAGCACCGCAUUUGGUCUCGCGUGGAGCUGUUCGGCUCUGCGCUCUACGGCCUGGCGGACGGCAUCGACGGCUGCGGCGACGUGGACGUCUCGCUCUCCGUGGACACGGACCUCUACUUCGACGGCUACCCCUUCCGGGAGCGCACGGUGGAGCAGAUGCGCACGCAGGAGGAGAGCAUGGCCACGCUGGUGCUGAGCCCCGACCACCCCACGUCGAAACUGGUGCGCCGCGAGAUCACCCGCGUGCUCGAGGACGUCGAGAAAGUCCUUCGCGGCAAGCUUUCCAAGUUGUACAAGAAUGCGGAGUUCGUGAACGCCAAGGUUAUGCCGCUUCUGGUGUGCCGCGACUACCGAGCGUCGGUGGAGCUGGAUAUCACGGUGAACAACAUUUUCGGAUUGCGCACUUCCCGGUUGCUGGCUCUCUACCUCACGAACCCCCACUGCCACAAUCUUGCACGCAUUGUGCGUCGCUGGGUUAGCAGCAGAGAGCUAGGAGACACCAAGACUGGCGGACUUACGAGUUGUGCCUGGCUGGAAAUGGUACAUGUCAAUCAUCCCCUUCUUCUAAUUGCUAUUUUUUUUUGCAUGUUAAGGCUAAGUAAGUCUGUCUUUCUUUUUUUUUCUUGAAAUCUUCAUCUAGUACUUCUACCUAGCAAUUUCAAUUUCGUCAUCAUGGUCAGGUUUAUAUUGAAGAUGUUUCCAGUGACCACUUAAUGCAGAACUCACUCCACUGAGAAAUAAUAAAGUCAUUCUAUUCAUCCACAUCAACAACAAAAGGAAAAUCUUCUUUGCGCACCACCAGGUGAUCUUCUACAUGCAGCACAGAGGACUGCUGCCGCAGCUCCAAGAUGAGGAGAAUCCUGCUCAGUACGACGAGACCUGGGACGGCGCGAGCGGAGCAGCAGUGGAACAAGCACUACAAGCAGGGACGACGGAGAGCAACGCGGCCAGCAUCGCCGAACGCUUUCUGGACUUUUUGAAGUUUCUGCACCGUUUCAUCCACAACGAUACGGGUGCCGCCGUCGUUCGCAUCAGCGUGGGUGGCGCAAAAAUGCGCUUCCAGGACAUGAAGGUCUCGCUUCUCGGAAAGGCGACCCCCGUCGCGACACCCGCUGUGAAGGAAAGUUCAGCUGAGAACGAAAGUUCAGCUGGAGUUAUAAUUUCCCCAGCCUCGUCUGCUGCUGAAGAUGCGGAUGAAGACAAGAAGGACUCCGCAGCUUCUACUGCUGAAGAUGCGGACGCGGAGAAGAAAAACGGUAGCAGCGAUCAUGAUCCUCUAAGGUGGACUCCGCAAACCGGGACGAGCCCUGCUGCGGCAAAACCGGAUGCGGAUCAUGGCGUUCUCAAGAAUGAUGAAGUAGAAACUUCCCCUGAAAAACCGAAUGCGGAUAACGUUCUCAAGAACGAUGAAGUAGAAACUUCCACUAAGGUUGAUGGGCUGAGUGAGCUGGAGAGGUUCCAAGAACAGUUGCGGUUGUGCGGUGGGGAGGACUAUGUUGAAAAAUGCAACAAGGAGGAGGUGAAAAUUACGAGCGUCUUGACUCUGCCGGGAACCUUUGGACAAAGUUACCUGCACAGCCUGCCGGAGAACAAGCGUCGCUGGCCGCACGGCAGCUACCACCGCGGGCGCUUGCUCGUCGAAGAGCCCUUCAUUCCGGGAAAAUUUGCAGCCGUGAACCGUGAAACCGAGCAGAAACUGCUGUCCGCGAUCCAGGACACGAUUGCGUUUUUGGAGUCAGAUGCGCUUCCUACGGUUGCAAUGGAGUGCGCUCGUCUCAAUGGUCCAGCUGAGCGUGACGAGUUACUCCGUGGUGGAAUCUUCUCGCCCAAUUUCUUCUCGCUACAGCAGAAGAGCUUCGUUGGUGAUGCAGGAGCUACGACCACAGGACGAGGAGGCCCUGGUGGAGCUGGAGCCGGCGAUCAACUACAUGCAGUUGUGCCCGGCGAGGAACAUGGCAAGAAAAGUGCGCUUCCGCACGCCGCGGCGAGUGUCGCCAGUGCAAGUUCGACACCUUUGGGUCGUGCCACGACUGCCUCUGCGAACAAUGCGGUUGUAAACAAGCCUUGUUAUGGCUCGCGACGUACAGACGGAGCUCGCGCGCCGCCGAGUGCACCACCCGGCCUCGCUUUGGAUCCCGCAGCGCAGCAUAUUGAACAAGGCUACACUCCGCUGAGUGCGGCAGCUGCUGCACAACAUCUGCAGGCAACUCGUUUGGCAGCCAUGCAUCAUCAUGACCCAGCCGCACACCAGCACGGAAGUCAUUUGGCGGGUAUACACCGACACAUCGUUGCGCGACACCAGCAGCAGUUGGCGCUGUUACAUCAGCAUCUCGGCAUCCACCAGGGAGCAUCUGUUGCCGGACCCGCUGGAGCCAUGCUGCCGCAGCUCGCUAUGUUGCAGUCCUGGUUGCAAGCCGCGAGUGGGCCUGCUUACCAAGUGGAUGCGUACGGGAGGAACCUAGCAACGCAUCCUCCCCUAUCCUCUGCGACCAGGGAGCACGACUAUGCGGGACAACACGCGGCUGCGGAUGUAGCGGCAUAUCAGCAAAUGAUGGCUGCUGGGACCCACCACCACGGUGCUCACCAUGGUGCUACGUCGAAUGGUCAACACACGGCUGCUCACGACGGGGAUUACGCGGCUAUCUUUCAGGCGGCUUUAGAUCAGAGUAUUUACAGCGGCCGACGCGCUGACGCAGCUGUGCGUGCUGCCGGUCCCCUAGCGAGCGAGAUCGCCGAAGAACAAGAUGUUCCCGGCACCCUUGCAUCUAAGAACCACAGCAAGAGUAGCAACACUAGUGCUAGCGCUGUAGUUUUGAGUACCAACGAGAGGGAUCAUGCUUCCGGGUCCGGCACAGGAGCUCCCUAUGAAACGCAGACAUCAGUCUCCCGAGCAGACGUCUCGCGACUGCUAGCUCAGGAAGUGGCUGCGAAUCUGUCGUCACCAGCAAAGAGUGGAGGCGCAAGCAGUACCGUGGAAGCUGAUUUCCUCUAUCGGGUAGCAAGAGAGCUGCGUCUGCAACAACAUGAUAAGGUAGCUGCAGGAGACCAAGAGCCGCGCGGAAGCAAGAACAAUGAGGACAGUAGCGACGUGCUAGAUGCAGUCCAGCUCGCUCUCCGGAUCGCGAUGAAAAACGCGGAAGUCUCUGCCUCGGACAUGAACACAGCCGAGCAAGGCUUUACUAGGUCGCCACCUUCUAACGCAGUCCUCGUCAAUAAGAACAGAGGAGGACCACGUGCUAGUAGUGCGGGAGAAGACAAACAAGACUACAAUGCGCUCGCUACCGCUCUGGCUGGAGAACUGGACAGCAGGGGAAUAUCCUCGGCUUCUGGUGGAAACCUCCAACACUCGCCAGUUGGAGAAGCGACGCGAAGCAUCCCUCAUCCUCCAAGCCGUGCCGUACCGCCGCUUCCUUUGCGAAACGUUCUGCCGGAUCGUGAUGGAAGAGUGGAAAGGUCGACUUUGUAG